ACUUGUGAUUUGCAUAAACGAUAUGUGAUUGUAUAGCCUUCACUGCAUUAUAAUAUACGCUGGAAUCUUUUGUAAUUAGACAGUGUACUAUUAGUAUGACUCAGGUCAUUAUGAGGCGCCUACCAUGGAAGGAACUAUCGUCCUUGCGAGGAAUUGUGUCGUGUCCUUCAGUCAUGUCCACUGCAAGCGCGAGUGUGGAACUGUGUCACGUGUCCCUCCUGUGCUGCUCUGGGUCUUCCAAUCACACCACAAAGCCAAUGUUAUCGCAGAAAAGGUGGUUGAGUUCAACCCCAUCGCUAUGGAAACACAGGAAGAAGCCGAUUGAUGAUGAGGAGGUUUACGACCACGACGACGUCGACGUGGAUGAUGCCUUCCUCAAGAAUCAAGAGAUCAUCCGUGAAAUCUACAAGGUACCUGGCCACGGUGCGAGAGUGUUUGUCGUGCAUCCAGACGUGAAGUGGGGGCCAAAGAAAAAUUACUUGACCACUGGUCAGUUGCAGCUGGAUGAGGCAGUGGCUUUAGCAGAGACACUUCCAAACUGGAAAGCUGUUGAAAAGGUGAUGUUCUCCACAAAAACUCCAAAUAAGAAGACAAUCUUCGGUCGAGGAAAUUUUGAAGAAGUGACGAAAUUGAUUCGCUCUCGAAGCAACAUCACAGCCGUAUUGAUUAAUGUUGACCAGUUGACCGGUGUUCAGCACACAGAACUAGAAAAUGCUUUUGGAGUACCAGUGUAUGACAGGUACAGUAUCGUGCUUCAGAUAUUUGUACAACAUGCCAAAAGUAAAGAGGCCAAGUUGCAGAUUGCUCUUGCUGAGAUUCCAUACAUCAGGUCACGUCUGCAUGAUAUCCACAAGGGCAACAUAGACCACCCAAGUGGGAAGGCUCACUAUGUAGGUGGGCCGGGAGAGACCUACUAUGAAACGCGCCACAGGCUGCUGAAGGAAAGAGAAGCUAAGAUCAGGAAGGCACUGGAGAAGGUGAGCAGCAAGCGUCAGGUGCUAAAGCAGAAUCGUCUGCGCAGGGAGAUCCCUACAGUGGCCGUCGUAGGCUACACGAACGCCGGUAAGACGUCGCUGAUCAAGGCGGUGACGGGCGCGGUGAAGCUGGAGCCGCGGGAGCAGCUGUUUGCGACGCUGGACGUGACCGCGCACGCCGGCGCGCUGCCCAACAGGAUGAACGUCGUCUACAUCGACACGGUCGGCUUUAUCUCCGACAUACCGACCUCCCUCAUCGGCUCCUUUCGCGCGACGCUGGAGGAUCUCAUACAUGCGGAUCUGGUGCUACAUGUUAGAGACAUCAGUCAUCCAGACACUGUUGCUCAGAAGGAGAAUGUCAUGCAGACGUUGAUGAGCCUGAAAGUGGGUGACAAACUUAUGGACAAUAUGAUAGAAGUUUGCAACAAGUGUGACCUUCUUAAAGGAGGACUGCCUGAGGUAGACGAGGGCUCUAUCACUGUGUCUGCACUGCACGGCACAGGACUGGAUUCUCUGUUGGAGCUGGUGGAAGACCGCGUCAUGCUAUCUACAGGAAAGCUCAUUAAGAGCUUCCUGGUAGCGAAUGGUGGGAAAGAGUUUCAGUGGCUGUACAAGGAAGCGUCGGUUGACCUCGUGGAAACGCACAGCGAUCCUGAAUACCUUGUUGUCACGGCAAUUCUUAGUCAGAGCUCACUAUCCAAGUACAUGAAUGAAUUUGGUAAAGAGAGUGUGCAGUGAUGAUAAUCAAAUUGCUCAGUAAGAAACAAUGUAAUAAUAUAAAACAUAAAAUAUAAUAAUAAAGCAAAGUUGGUGUUUGCAGUCGGGCAGUUUAGCGGAUGUGUGACUGAUGGUUAUCACGUGUGUGAAGCUUUUAUACAUCAUGUAAAAUACGUGAGAUUUUUUUUAAUUGCUCAUACAGUUUACAAAAUGUUCAGUAGUGCCAACUUUGUUCUGUGACCGAUCAGGUCUGUUUUGCUUGUUUAAUGAGUGUGGGGUUAGUGCUAGUUGAUAUGAAGAUUGUUUGAUAUUGUGUGACGUUGUGAGUUGCUGCAGUGGAUAUUAUCAUGGCUUAAUACUAUGAGAAAUUUGAGCAAUAUGUAAUCGGGUGUGUAUAAUAUAGAGAUAUCAAUAUUAUACACUUCUGGUAUAUGAUGUUCUUAUUGUUUUAACUGAAGAUGCAUGUGUAAGUUCGGGGAAUACUAAGCGGGCCCAUGUUAGAAUAAAUGUUCAAAGUUGUAAAAUAAAGUAUUUUAAUAAUGAA